CGAUAACUGCGACCAGUCGAAGAAGCAGUCAACAAAACAAAUCUUAAUUUUAGUUUAGGAAUAAAUGAAUUGCUGACUAAAUCAGCUGGAAGAAAUGGCGCAAACGCAAGCACCAGCCGCCAAGCGCAUGAAGCUGGAGAAGAAGCCGGCGAAUCCCGUGGAGGAGGAUGAGACGCCCUCUGUGUUCAAUCCGAAGUACAGGGUGUGUCCCUACUUGGACACUAUCAACCGGAACCUGCUGGAUUUUGACUUCGAGAAGCUGUGCUCCAUUUCGCUGACGCGGAUCAAUGUUUAUGCGUGCCUGGUGUGCGGCAAGUACUUCCAGGGGCGUGGCACCAACACCCACGCCUACACGCACUCCGUGGGUGAGGCGCAUCACGUGUUUCUCAAUCUGCACACGCUGCGAUUCUACUGCCUGCCGGAUAACUACGAGAUCAUCGACUCCUCGCUGGACGACAUCAAAUACGUGCUGAAUCCAACGUUCACGCGCCAGGAGAUCAGCAAGUUGGAUCAGUUGCAGCCGAAGCAUUCGCGAACCGUGGACGGUGUUCUGUACUUACCCGGCGUCGUGGGUCUGAACAACAUCAAAGCCAACGACUAUUGUAAUGUGGUGCUGCAUGCACUCUCCCACGUCGGUCCACUUCGGGAUUACUUUCUGCGGGAGCAAAGCUAUGCGCAUGUCAAGCGGCCACCUGGGGAUUCCAUGUUCACGCUGGUGCAACGUUUCGGCGAGCUAAUGCGUAAGAUGUGGAAUCCGCGGAACUUUAAGUCGCACGUAUCGCCGCACGAAAUGCUCCAAGCUGUGGUGCUUUGGUCCAGCAAGCGUUUCCAGAUCACGGAACAAGGCGAUCCCAUAGACUUUCUGUCCUGGUUCCUCAAUACCCUCCACCGAGCCCUCAAGGGCAACAAACAGCCGAAUUCUUCUAUCCUCUACAAGAUCUUUCUCGGCGAGAUGAAGAUCUAUACGCGCAAGAUACCUCCUGUUGAGUUGGAUGACGCGGCCAAGGCGCAACUGCUGGCCACCGAGGAGUACAAGGACCAGGUGGAGCACACAAACUUCAUCUACCUCACCUGCGAUCUACCGCCGCCGCCGCUGUUCACCGACGAGUUCCGUGAGAACAUCAUACCGCAGGUGAACUUGUAUCAGCUGCUGGGCAAGUUCAAUGGCUCCGCCGAAAAGGAGUACAAAACCUACAAGGACAACUUUAUGAAGCGCUUCGAGAUCACCCGCCUGCCGCAGUUCAUCAUUCUGUACAUCAAGCGGUUCACCAAGAACACGUUCUUCCUGGAGAAGAAUCCCACCAUCGUGAACUUCCCCAUCAAAAACGUGGACUUUGGGGACAUUCUGGGCAUGCGGCAGCGCGACAAGGAUGUAAAGGAUACAAAGUACAAUCUGGUGGCCAAUAUUGUGCACGACGGCGAUCCCAAGAAGGGCACCUAUCGUGCCCACAUCCUGCACAAGGCCAACGGGCAGUGGUACGAGAUGCAGGACCUGCAUGUCACCGAGAUCCUGCCGCAGAUGAUCACGCUCACCGAGUCGUACAUUCAAAUCUACGAGCGCUGUGCGGACUCCUCGUGAUCCACCUGACUUUUAGUUACUCCUAGCUGUAUUUCGGUUAACAAACUCCAUGAUCCAAAAGUAAAAUAUGCUGUAGUCGAGUAUAGAGACUAUGAGUGGCCCUUGAAUAGGAGAAAUAUA